AUUUUAUAACUUGUUGCAAUUAAUCACAGGAGUAACUAUUUGGGCCCGAUUCCCUCAAAUAAUACCGGACCUCGAAUCAUAACUUCAACACUCCACAACAGCGAACAACCUCAACCGUCUUCAAACUCCCGCCACUCAACCACCGUAAACAUGGCGGAGCAAUGCUCCAAGCGCUCUAAUCGAAUUUUCAACAAACGGAAAACAAUUCAGUAUGAAGAAGAACAAACCCUAACCCUAAAUCGAUGUACUGUUCGAAGCGAUUCUUCAGAUUAUAACCAAUUUAAACCAAUUCAAUCAUAUUCGUAUAAGCGCCAUUCGGAGUGGAAAACCACCAGGCGGCUGGAUUCUACAAAUAUGAAUGUUUUUCGUAAAUGGACUUAUUCGGAUUGCGAAUCCUCUGAUUAUAAAGAUAAGAUUGUCCUCGUAACAUACAACAUUUUAGGCGUUGAGAAUGCAUCAAAGCAUCCCCAUUUAUAUUUCAGGGUUCCAUUUAAGUACAUGAAAUGGGAGCACCGGAGGGAAGCUAUACGCAAAGAGUUAGCUCGAUAUGGUCCUAGCAUAAUUUGUUUUCAGGAAGUAGAUUGUUAUAGUGAUUUACAUGAUGCCCUCCAACAGGAUGGAUUUGAAGGUGUUUUAAAGGCUCGCACUGGCGAUGCUCAGGAUGGAUGUGCGAUAUUUUGGAAUCAUGAACGGUUUAAUCUUCUGCAUGAGGAAAGCAUUGAAUUUCAAAGCUUUGAUUUGCGUAACAAUGUUGCACAAUUCUGUGUCCUGAAGAUGAAUGCUGAUUCAUUGAAUCCUAAAUCAAAGAUGUCAAAGCCAACAAGUCUGGUUGUUGGAAAUAUACACGUUCUUUUCAACCCAAAUCGAGGGGACAUCCAGCUGGGACAGAUACGUCUGUUUCUGGAUAGGGCCCACAGAUUAUCUGAAGAAUGGGGUGGGAUCCCUGUUGUGCUUGGUGGUGAUUUUAAUAGUGUCCCUCAGAGUGCUGCGUAUCAGUAUAUAUCCUCCGCAAAGUUGGAUCUUUUACAACAAGACAGAAAACGUGUAUCUGGGCAGAUUCAGAUGCCAUCCUGUCACUCUUUUUCACCUAAGGGGCCAUUCAGGAAUGGGAGGCAAAAGCCAUCGAUAUGUAGAUGGACUGAUGAAGAAUUAAAAUUUGCUACUGGGAGUGAGGAAGUCACUUGUCUGCAGCAUAGCCUAAAACUCCGCAGUGCAUAUCAUGGUGUUCCUGGGAGUGUCACAACAAGAGAUAAUAUUGGAGAACCUUUGGCAACAUCAUUUCAUUGUAAUUUCAUGGGAACUGUUGAUUACAUAUGGCACAGUGACCAACUUGUUCCUGUCAGGGUCCUUGAAACCCUGCCUAUAAAUGCAUUGGAAAAAUUGGGAGGGCUUCCGAGUAAGAUUUGGGGCAGCGAUCACCUGGCGUUGGUGUGUGAAUUUGCUUUUGAAGUUUAAAAGGGGUAGCAACUGCUGUCACACUUCUUCAUUGGAAUAGUUGCUAGCACUGGACAUAAAGUGUCAUAUAGGGCGUAUAGGAAAUGAUCAGCCUAACAUUGAAAUUUAUGUGGUAAUGGCCAUGAAAUUCUUAAGCAAUGGUCUCAGGAUCCGUAUGAACUGUCGGUUGACUAUGAAUCAAAUGUCCCUUUGGGAAUGUUAAGCGCCCGAGAAACUAAGCAGUUAAGUUGACUGAAGAAAUAGAAGAGUAUGAAAAUGGGGAUCAAAUCAUGAGGGAUGGGCAUAUCUGAGUCAAUAGCAGCUAGCACAGGCAGAUCAAGACUUGAAGGACAAAUAAUUUAUAUCAAAAGUUGUGUAAAUGGGGUUUUUGAAUGAUAGUUCAUGUUAGUCAAUGCUAGUCAAUCUCAAAUCCUUUUGGGAUUAAGGCUUUUUUUUUCCUGAUUAAAAAAUUUAAGUAAAAUAAAAUAGAAAGAUCAUGUAUUCUAGAAUAUAAAUCCUCUCUCCACAUUAUACCUCUUUUCUAAAUUAUUAGAUAACUUUUCCUAGUUAUAUAUGAAUAGUGUUUGUUCACUUUACGUUUUGUAGCUUAGUUAUUGUAAACACACGACUUAUCUCUAUUAUAUAGGGCAAAACAUGGUGUGCAUUGUUCGCAUAUUUGAUUUUUUUAUAUAUUGGUGCAAAAAGUUCAAGUA